AUGACCAUGGCGCUCUCUCGCUCAACAUCCACAAUCCACAUAGUGACUUCCAUUCUUUUGUUACUAAAUAUCGCCUACGCGAGCGUGCUUCCGCCUAAGCAGCCAUACCUGCCCGGCACUAUUGCCACACGCGGUGAAGAAGCCACGAUCAUACACGAUGUGGACGAAGUGCCAGCCGCCUCAAGCGAUAAGAAGGACGGGAAAAACUUCUUCAAAGAGCUGGGUCAUUUCCUAAGCGAGUUCGAUCCCGUCGAUAUCUUCCGGACUAUCGUAGGCGGACUUUUGGGUUUCGACGAUGCUGAAGCGGCUGCGAGUCCUUCGCCCUCAACCACGGUCAUUGUCACACCAACACCCAUAAAAAUAGGGAGCGUAAAGGGUCCGCUCCCAGCCGUGCUACCUACGGCCAAAACGACAAUUACGAAGAAAGUCACUACGACACAAGUGAGGAAGUCCAGCACCAAAGCUAGUUCGUCGAAAAAGUCAUCAGUGUUGACAUCUGCUGAAGCUGUCUUCUCGAUCUUGCCGAUAUUUCCCACAGAGGAGCCUCUAGAGCUGACAGGUCUGGCUCCUACCACGUUUCCUACUCCACAUCACAUCGUCUUCACACCUGAAAACGCGGCAUCUUUUGGUACAGCAGUUUCGGCCGAUGCAGAAGUCUCCGUAAACGUUUUGCCAGUGGAAACAGAGGCUCUGGUCGCUCUUCCAGGGCUGGUCAACGCGACUACUGCUCAAAAUGCUACUGGUUCUGGAAUCACCGUAACGCUCGAACCCAAGGAGACGUUCUCUAUCCUUCCAUUCAUCGAGCCCGGGAAGAAUAUGUCGGAAAAUGUCACCUUACCCGACUUUCCAUCACCCACAGAAGAGAUCGCGAUCACAGGACCAUUUGGGCUACCCACCGCACCAGUCGAAAUCAUCUCCGACAGUAUCUUGCCAGCAACUGCAGAGGACAUUCCUCCCUUGGAAACGUUUGAGGUUGUUACUACCCCGGUCACCGAUGUUCCUGGAGCAAUAUUUUUACCUGUUCCCACUGAGGAGACCUUCUCCAUGCUCCCUUUCCUUGAACCAGGCGAGCAUCUCUCCGAUAAUGUAUCGGAGGCGACCCCGACCGCAGAGAUCCCAGAGAUACCUAUCCCUGUCUUCACUGGUUCUGGAGAAUCUUUGAAUCCUUUUGCAGGUGAGGAUGUCCCCAUUUCCGCGCCAGAGGAUCUUGGGCCGCUGCAGGCCAGCCGUCCCGAAUUUGACGACCGCACUCCCGUUCCGCUCCUUGAGUUUGUGAACGGCACAUACGUGCUUCCAACGACUAAAAUACCUGAUGUCGUUACGCCUGUCCUAUCGUGGCCGCCUCCCGGUUUCAAUGCGACUUCGAGGCCUGCCGUAUCUACAAGGAGGGGUCCACCAAGAAAGACAUCGUCUAGGAGACAAGCUCGUCCGACGAGGCCUCCUGUCCCCUCUCUCCUAAUACCUCGCCCCACCAAGUCCAUCCUCCUCCCACCACCACUUAUCCGCCCUACGAACUUCCCCCUCAACCAAACGUUUUUCGCGAACCAAACAAAAGGAGCAGCAAACCCUGCAGCGAAGUCUUCGCGUCCUCUAAUCCUGACGAACCCGCUUCGUCCUACGCUAGAGCCACUUCCCGUUCCGCUGCCUCGGCCGGUCCCUCUCCCCCGUCCGUUUCGUCCUUUCCCCCCAUUCCCCUUUCCUAUCUUCAACAACACAAGAAGUCUCAGACCCAUUGGACGACCAACACGGUCACCAGCACGUCCGCUCAUUCUGACUAACCCGCUUCGGACUACGCCGGAGACCUUCCCAACACUCAAGCCGGUUUUGAACAGCACUACGUUCGUACGUCCAACGCGGCCGCUCAUCUUGACGAACCCACUCCGACCUCCCAUCGAGACCUUUGAGCCUCUCGACGCAAGGAAAACUACCACGAAGACGCUCAAGAUCAGGAGCACGACCAUCAAGACUGUCGUCGUGAUACCGACGCCUGCAGCGGUUGAGGUUUCAAUCUUUGGCGUGGACGCUCCUUCUGAUGAGCCAUUCCCCAGUGAUGCGGGUUUCGUAGGGCUCCCUUCAUUCGAAGAAACAAGCCUCUUGAGCGAGAAUCCGCGACCGACGUUUCCCAUCAUCGACGACAUUGGCACGUUCGACCUCACCAGUGAGGCUGCAAGACCGAGCGCUGCUCUGAUCGGAGGCGAUCUUGUCGAAGGGGAUGUUCCUAGCGAUCUUGUGGAGCCCACUGCCAUUUCCGUUUUCGAUGGUCUCGGUGCUACGGUUACACUAUCUGUCCCAAUAACAGCUUCGACCGACAUUGGGCUCUCGUUUCCUAAUGCUGCACACAACACCCCCGAAACCUUCGACAUUGGGCUGCCAAUAGAGGCAACCGAGAUCCCAACCCUCGAGGCCGUCCCUGAUGCUAUUGAUAUCGGAUUUGGAGUAGAAGCAACCAGAAGUACGAAGUUUUCUCUCGAUAUUCCAGAACCUACCGACCUCAACGAUCUGCCUCUCUUCACUCCCACCCCUACCCCCCGCACCUUCGCCACGCUCUCCAGCAUCCUACCCAGCAUCGUCACGCUCGCGCUUCCCACCAACUUCCCUCUCCCCCAGCCUGGGAUCACCACUGCCAACCUGACCUCCACUCCAUCAACGCAACGCCUUGCCGAAAUCUGCGCCGACAAUAAAGUAACAACCGUCACCCUCCCCCUCCUCUCAAAAUGGUACGGCCCCAACGCCUACCCCUCCCUGCGCCCCUACCCAGGCUGCAGGCCCCCAAACCCCCGGCAAGCCCUCCAAGCCCCGGGCCUGCUAAACUGCACCGCGCUCGGCGCCGAAGUCCAAGCCUGCCAGAAAGCCGGCAAGCGCGUGCUCCUCGGCGUGCGCGUCGACCCCCCCGCCGCGGUCAACGGCAAUCUCAAAUGGGGCAGCGCGAAUCCCGGCCUACUGGGCAUCAAGCUCCCUCUUGCGCUCCCGCCGGGCCCGUUUCUGGGGCGCCCGGGACACCCGCUCGUGCCGGCCGCAGGGAACCUGACGAGCGUGACGCUCGACGGGAAGAGCGUCCCCGCGCCGAACCUGUUCGACGCCGUGCACACGCCUACCGGGCUCGCGGCGACGCUGUUCAGCCUCUUCGGCGAGGGGCAUGCCGAGCGGGCGGAUCUGCGGCCCCUGGGGCCCGAUGCGCCGAGUGCGUUUAGUAGCGAUAGCAUCAAGUGGGUUGUCAAGCCGCUUGGGGAGGAGGUCGUGGUGGACGGCUUCGAUGUGCGGACGCCGGGGCAGUGGAAGGGGACGGCGCAGGCGGCACUUGUGGACCGGUUUGUGGAGAGUCUGAGAGCGGAUGUGGAGAAGGCGUGGAAAGAGGGUGGGAGGAAGAAGGGUGGACUGAAUGACUUGGGCGUCGAUGGGAUGGGGGUUGUAGUGAGUGGGUAUAUUUGAGGAGUGAGCGAGUGGGGAGGAUGGUCAAGUGUUUUGGGUCUGAGGGU